UUUUCCCUUCCUUUAGUUUGCAAUGGAUUUUGGAUAAACAAGAUCUAUUGAAGGAACGCCAGAAAGACUUGAAAUUUCUGACUGAAGAGGAAUAUUGGAAACUACAGAUAUUUUUUACUAAUGUUAUCCAGGCUUUAGGUGAACACCUUAAAUUAAGACAACAAGUUAUUGCCACUGCUACAGUCUACUUCAAGAGAUUCUAUGCCAGAUAUUCCCUAAAAAGUAUAGAUCCAGUAUUAAUGGCUCCUACGUGUGUGUUUUUGGCAUCCAAAGUAGAGGAGUUUGGUGUUGUUUCAAAUACAAGGUUGAUUUCUGCUGCUACUUCUGUAUUGAAAACUAGGUUUUCGUAUGCCUUUCCAAAGGAGUUUCCUUAUAGGAUGAACCAUAUAUUAGAAUGUGAAUUCUAUCUCUUAGAAUUAAUGGACUGCUGUUUGAUAGUGUAUCAUCCUUAUAGACCUUUGCUCCAAUAUGUGCAAGAUAUGGGCCAAGAAGACAUGCUGCUACCUCUCGCAUGGAGGAUAGUGAAUGACACCUAUAGAACUGAUCUUUGUCUGCUGUACCCUCCUUUCAUGAUAGCUCUAGCUUGCCUACACGUGGCCUGUGUUGUCCAGCAGAAGGAUGCAAGGCAAUGGUUUGCUGAGCUGUCCGUUGAUAUGGAAAAGAUUUUAGAAAUAAUCAGGGUUAUUCUGAAGCUGUACGAGCAGUGGAAGAACUUUGACGAGAGGAAAGAGAUGGCUACUAUUCUUAGUAAAAUGCCUAAACCAAAACCACCUCCCAACAGUGAAGGAGAGCAGGGUCCAAACGGCAGCCAGAACUCUAGUUACAGCCAAUCUUAAGACAUUCCAAAGAACUUCUUUAUGGACCACUUGGACUCAAGACACCCUUGGAUCUUUCCUGUGUUCAUGAAAUGGACAGAAGGUUGUAGUAACAUCUCCGACGAAGAACUUGAAGAAUAAAUAGCUUGCUUGUGUCAAGCAUUUUAAAAGCUUUUUCUCUAAAACUGCAUAAUUUUCUCUGACGCUGGAGCAAGAUUUUUUUUUCAGUUUAAGGAAUCAAACGUUAAACGAAGCUGCAAAAGAUUUAACACUAUCUGCUCAAAACAAGUAGUUCGUUAUUGGGUUUGUUUGCUUUGAGAAAAUUGUAACUUGCCAUUGAAGUGAACCAUUUUUCAAGCGACAGUAACCUGAAGCCUGAGUGUAACUGUAUUAAUGACUUGUGUUGUCUUCAUCUUAUUUGUGACUGAAGGAAGAUAGUGCACUGUGCGUUGUCUGCUCAUUACCUUGAGUUUUGUUGGGGUUUUUUUUUCUUCUUUUAAAAAUAAACAUGGAUUCUGUACCAAGUAACACAGCAAUCCUUCAGAAACAAAAGCCUAGAAGAACCUGCAAAGGAUAUCGUUACAGUUUUAUUGAAAGCUGCAGGAAAGAAAUUAAGUUCCUUUUUUGGAUUAGAAAAACGCUGUUUUACUCAGUAGACGUACUUGGGACGUUUUUGCCAUGAAGUGUAGUAGCCCAGCUUACCAGAGAAGUGCAAUAUGUAUAGUGAUUCUGCAGUUUUCUUAAACAUUUCAAGUAUCAGGAAUUAAAAAAAAAAACAAACACCAACCUCCUAUGAUUUCUUUUUUGCAAGUAAACGUACUGUAUAGUACAAUCAGAAUAUUUCACAAUCAAGUAAAAAUCUGGAUAUGAUUGCUAUUUUUUAUGGUGGAUUUUUUUUUGUACUAAAGAUAUACACUGUUGGUCUGCCUUCACUGUUGGUGUGAAUUCGUGUGGUUCAUUAGAGAGUUUAUUUAAGAGGAUCAAGCUUUUGGUGAGUUUCGUACUGGCUAAUUUUAAUUGUGAUGUUGGGAGCAACUCUAUAGAAUAACUGAAAUGGGAUUCCGUGGUUAAUUAUGUGCUGGAGAAAAUGAGGUUCCUUCGAAAAGAAGGCCACAUCCUGUGUUCCUCACUCAGGCAGGUAUCCCACUGAAGUCAGGAAUUGGCCUAAAUCGCAUUUAUUGAUUUUUAGAUAACUUUGUACCUAAUGAAGUUCUGUACAACUUCAUUUUGAAUGAUAAUGCCGACUUCCCCAAGUACAAUUUGAAUGAUAAAUAAAGUGAAGUA